AUGGUUCAUCAGCGGAGCUUUCUCAUCCUCCUCACCGUCGUCUCUUCGUUAGCCGGAGCUGGAGUAGUAGUGGUAAUUGGUCAGAACUACACGCCUCAUGAGCCAUACUGCUCUACCACCGGAAAGUACACCACUGGCAGCCAGUACCAGGUGAACCUAUUCAAGCUCAUGAGCGAGCUCCCGUCGAGCGCCAUCGCCAACCGCGGCUUCCAACAUGGCACGGCCGGCGUGGCGCCCGACUCGGUGUUCGGCCUCGCCAUGUGCUACGCCGACCUCAACUGGACAGCAUGCGGCAACUGCCUCAGGGCGGGAGCUGCCAGCGUGCAGCAGACGUGCCCGUUCGGCCGGGAGAUGAAGUCCUUCUACGAUGAAGCCUGCUUCCUGCGGUACUCCGACACGCCUUUCGCCUCCGUCGCCGACAUCGACAUCGCCUUCUAUGAGAGGUCGUUAGACUCCUUUGUCGCCGAUAUUAAGAGCUUCAAUGCUACACGAUGGGAGCUGAUGACGCGGCUCACCGCCGAGGCCUCCGUCUCCUCGCUGCUGCUGGCGAACGGGAGCCAAGGGUACAGGGACUCGCAGGGCGUCGACCAGGUGCUCUACGGGUUCGCGCAGUGUACCAGAGACCUCAAUGCCAGCGAGUGCUACAGGUGCCUCGCUAAUUUCCUUGCAGAUAUUUCAGUGUCGCUUCCUAACAACACGUAUGGUAGCGCCAUGGGCUACAGCUGCUACCUGGGGUGCAGCGUCGGGGAAGAAAUCAGCCUCACCAUUCCACCGCCGGCAGUAGCAGAGCCACCACCACCAUCAUCGACGUCAUCACAUAGUUCUGGCCCGGCAGCGUCUCUUGUGGUCGGCGUUUCUGUUGGCUGUGCAGUGUUUGUCAUCUGUGUGGGCAUCUCGAUUUGGUUCCUGUUGCGCCGCCGCAGGCAAAAGGAUAUAGCGCAGGAACUAGAUGUGUUCGACGAGGAGGAUGCCCUGGAAGACGAUUUUGAGAAAGGGACCGGGCCAAGGAGGUUCCGCUACCGCGAUCUUGCCAUAGCCACAAGGUUCUUUUCUGACGAGGAGAAGCUUGGAGAAGGAGGCUUUGGGUCGGUAUACCACGGCUACCUGAAGGACAUGGACCUUCACGUUGCUAUAAAGAGGGUGUCCAAGACCUCCAAGCAAGGGAGGAAGGAGUACAUUUCCGAGGUGAGGAUCAUAAGCCGACUAAGGCAUCGCAACCUUGUGCAGCUCAUCGGGUGGUGCCAUGGCGGUGGCGAGCUCUUGCUUGUCUAUGAAUUCAUGCCCAACGGCAGUCUUGAUGCUAAAAUUCACAAUACCAACAAAGUAUUGCCGUGGGCUCACAGGCAUGAGAUCAUGCUUGGUAUCGGUUCCGCGCUUCUGUACCUUCACCAGGACUGGGAGCAGUGCGUUGUGCACCGUGACAUAAAGCCGAGCAAUGUUAUGCUGGAUCUAUCCUUCAAUGCUAAGCUCGGCGACUUUGGGCUAGCAAGGCUCGUCGACCACGACCGGGAGUCCCACACAACAGCGCUCGCCGGCACGAUGGGCUACAUGGACCCAGAGUGCAUGGUCACCGGCAGCACCAGCGCCAUUUCUGAUGUUUACAGCUUCGGCGUGGUGGCGCUGGAGAUCGCCUGCGGUCGGCGGCCAAUUGUGGUUCUUCACCAAGAAAUCAAAGAACCAACCACAAUGCAUCUGGUGCAGUGGGUCUGGGACCUCUAUGGCUGCGGAAGAAUCGUCGACGCCGCCGAUGCUCGGCUGAACGGCGAUUUCGACAACCAGGAGAUGGAGCGCGUGAUGAUCACGGCGCUCUGGUGCGCGCACCCCGACCGCAGGCUGAGGCCGUCCAUCAGGCAGGCCGUCAACGUGCUGCGGCUCGAGGCGCCGCUGCCUGUUCUACCAGCGGCGAUGCCGGUCGCAACGUUCGUGCCUCCUGGUCGUGGCUUCCCAUCUGAUUUUGUUGAUCUGACCGGCAGCAGUGGUGGCUCCGGCGGCACUGGCACGACGCGGUCCAGUGCUGUAUUAAACGAGGCGUCGUCCUUGCUGAGAUGA